AUGAAAUGUAUAAAAUAUUUUAAAUAUCUUUUAUUUUAUAUAUUUUUUAUUAUUACAUUGAAAAAAACAGUAACACUAGCAGAUUCAAAUAAAUGUUCAAGAAGAGUUAUUGGUUAUUACACAUCAUGGUUAGAAAAAUUUAUUACAGAAUCACAAGCUAGAAGUUUAACUCAUGUAAUUUAUUCAUUUGUUCAUUUAAAUAGUAAUGGAUCAUUAUAUAUUGGUGAUAUAAAAGAUUCAAAAUUAAAUAAAUUAGCUCAAGAUAAAUUAAUUCACCUGUUUUCUAUGCGUAAAGUUAAUCCUAAUCUUAAAAUAAUGUUUGCUAUUGGUGGAUGGGAAAACUCUGAACAUUUUAGUAAAAUUUCUUCAACACCUCAAGGACGAAUAGCAUUUAUUUUAGAAAUUGUUAAGAUGAUUGACAAGUAUGACUUUGAUGGAGUUGAUAUUGAUUGGGAGUACCCAACAACGGGUGGAGCUAUUGAAGGUGUACCAGAAGAUAAAUUUAAUUAUGUUCUCCUUAUGAAAGAAUUGAGAGAAGCAUUUAAUUAUUAUGAAAAAAAGAUUGGGAGAUAUCAAAAAUUAAUUAUAUCUUUCGCAGGAGCUGCCGGUGAAUGGACAUUAAAUCCAGGAUUUGAUCUUACUAAUUUAAUUCGUUAUGUUGAUUUUGUUAAUAUAAUGAGUUAUGACUAUUUUGGAGCAUGGGAUUCAAAAUGGGGUGCAUUUACUGGUCCACCAGCACCAUUAUAUCAUGGAUCAUUAAGAUCAAUGUCAGGUAAAAUGAAUGUUGAUUGGACAAUAAAAUAUUAUUAUUGUAAUUCAAAUGAUCUUUCAAAACUUAAUAUGGGUAUUCCUCUUUAUGGAAGAUAUUGGAAUAAUGUAGGAGAACCUAUUGAUAAAGAAGAUGAUAUGUGGAGAAUGGCUAUUAAAAAUAAAAAAGGUAAAUAUGAUGGUGGACAUAUUACUUGGAGAUCAUUAAAACAUAAAAUUAAUUGUACAUGGAAUAUUGAAAAUUAUAAAUAUCAUGAAAAAUCUAAAGUACCAUAUAUAAUUGAAAAAAAGAAAUUUUUAUCAUUUGAAAAUCCAAGAUCAAUAAAAGAAAAAAUGAAAUAUAUUGAGAAAAAAAAUCUUGGAGGAGUAAUGAUGUGGGCAAUUGAAUAUGAUGAUGAUAGUAACACAUUACUUGAUACAAUUACUUCUUAUAAUUUAUGUAAUAAUAAAAAUGAUAAUGAACCAUUUAAAUGUUCUCCAUUAAAUGAAAAAAGAUGGUGGACGGCUGAUGAGAAUGAGACAAUUGCUGGAAUGUGUGGUAAAUCAGCUCCACUUUAUAAUGGAUAUUAUCCUGUUUGUGAUCCAGAAGAUAGUGCAUUUAGUUGUUGCGGAAAAUAUGGUUAUUGUGGUAAUGGACCUGAAUAUUGUGAUUGUCCAGAAUGUGUUGAUUAUGGUAAAUAUCCAGAAUUGGUUCUUAAAGAACCAACAAAACCUUCUUCAAGUGUUAAAUGGUAUACAAUGGAUGCUGAAGAAGGAAAACGUGGAAGAUGUGGAAGAAAUGUACCUUUAAUGGAAAAUGGAGAAUAUGCAAUAUGUAACCCGGAUGAUGAUGCCGCAUUUUGUUGUUCAGCAGCUGGAUAUUGUGGUUCAUCAAGUGAACAUUGUUCAUGUGAUGGAUGUAUCAACUUUAAAGAGAGACCAGACUAUAAAUAUAGUCACAUUGCUUGGUGGACAUACUCUCAGUCACCUCAAAACUCAGGAAAAUGUGGCAAAAAUGCUCCCAAACUAUUAAACAAUGCUACACCUAUUUGUAAUCCUGAAAGUGAAAAUGCUCAUUGUUGUAGUGUUAAUGGUUGGUGUGGAACUGGUGUUGAAUAUUGUGAAUGUAAUGGAUGUGUAGAUUUUAGAAAAAAUCCAGAUUUUAGAUUUGAUUAA